AUGAAACGGCUGAAGUAUUUUGGGAUCCGUCGAACGUUCGAUGCGGGUUUUUCGUCCUCGGCAGGUUUCCCGGCCGGAAUCUUGCAGGAGCCGAUCUUCGCGCUGCCGCCGUCGUAUGCCACGUUCGCUCGAUUGGGAUUUUUGAUCGGGCACGAGAUCGGUCACGGAGUGGACGGAUUCGGGAUGACGCUGGCGGGCCCGGAGGAAGAAGUGAGGCGACGGAGGAGGUGCUUCGUGAACCAGUACGGGCGGUUUCCCCUCGACGGAAACCACGAAUUCGUGGACGGGAACGUGAGCCUGAACGAGAACGUGGCGGAUCAGCUGGGGAUGGCGAUGGCGUGGGAGGUGUUCAGCGGGAGGGACCGGGAGGUGCCUCUGCCCUCGGUCGGAGGGAUGGAGCCGGAGCGGGUCUUCUUUCUCUCCUAUGCGCAGGUCGAUUCCGCGGAGAACGAAGCGGAAUCGCUCGCCGUCGGAUCGUUCUCCCACGACUCAUCGGUUUGGUUUAUGAGGCGUCGUUUCGUCCGGGGACGAUGGGAUGGCAUCUCGCGGGAUGAGGGGAUGGGAUUCAUCUUCGAGACGAUCCGACUCGGAGAGGAAGCCAUGUGGUGCGAGGCGAGGGAGAAGGGAGAAGGAGGUCCGUGGAUGUCGGAGUACUUCCACAGUCCCCCCAAGUACCGGGUGAUGGGUCCCCUGCAGAACUCGCCCGCCUUCGCCCGCGCCUUCGAGUGCCGCCCCGGCUCCUUCAUGAACCCGAGUGCCCCCUGUCGGUGCACUCGAAAGGAAGCUGCAGCCGUACGCAUCUCCCAGCUAAAAAGAGGUCAACAGGAACGUCGGAGGUCUGGAAAGGCAGGGUUCGUGGAGGAGCCAAUGAAUGUGGAGGAGGUGGUGGGUGUGGAGGAGCCAAUGGAUGUGGAGGAGGUGGUGGGUGUGGAGGAGCCAAUGAAUGUGGAGGAGGUGGUGGGUGUGGAGGAGCCCUGCCAAGAUGGGUCCGAUCGCACGGAUGGGUCCGAUCGACUUGCCGGUUGCACUCGGCCUGGUUCUCGGAAUAAAGGGAUUCUGCACGGAUGGAUGGGUCGGGGACGACGAGUCCCAGAGGCCUCCAUGCAUGCAGUAAAUGCGCCUGCUUCGCUUAACGACUGGGGAAUGUGUCCACUGAGGGAAUUGCCGACGCAGAGGCGUUCCGCGGUUCCUCCGGGGACCGAUCUGUGGGAAGCGCAGGGAAGCACGGGAGACGGUCGCUGGAAUUUCGAUACGCGAACGAGAAUACGCUGGAUGACAUCGGAUCGCAAAGGUGGAGGCGGAGGAGAGGGUGGAGGUGGUGGAGGUGGAGGUGGAGGUGGAGGAGGUGGAGGUGGAGGAGGUGGAGGAGAGGGUGGAGGUGGAUGA